GGAAGGUUAACCUUUUUUCAUUUAUCGUUUUAUCUUUUAACCUUUUUAAUGGAAAAUUGAAAUUUUCUUACUUAUGUUUCUCUUACAGUGUCUGCCUAAUUUGAGAAAUUUGGAUCUGAGUCACUCCAAAAAUCUUAUUGAGGCGCCAGACUUAAGUGAGGUUCCACGUCUUACGGAUCUUGAUCUCAAAGGAUGUAUACAACUAGUCCACAUCCAUCCAUCCAUUGGUAUUCUAAGAGACCUUCGUCGUUUGAAUUUGAAAAGUUGUAAAAAUCUUAUUGAGGUGUCAGACUUAAGUGAGGUUCCACGUCUUACGGAUCUUAAUCUCAAAGGAUGUAUACAACUAGUCCACAUCCAUCCAUCCAUUGGUAUUCUAAGAGACCUUCGUCGUUUGAAUUUGAAGAAUUGUAAAAAUCUUGUCCUUAAUCUGAAUAUCCUUUUUGGGAUCAGUUCUCUUAAGACCUUAAAUAUCUCAGGCUGUUCACAAUUACUUAAUAGUAAGAUGUUAAUGGACCCAAGUGACACAAAACAUUUGGAGAAAGUUGAUAAAAAUACAAAUAUCAUCCAAUUGCCAACAUCCUCUGUAUACAAACUUCUAAUGUUGCCUUUCCAUUUUUUCUACCCUCCAAAACCUCAAGUUUCACUUGGUUUGUUAUCGUCUUUUUUGUCUUUCUCUGUCCCGUGUUUGUGUGAUCUUGACAUAAGCUUCUGUAAUCUACUUCAAAUCCCAGAUGAAAUUGGGAACUUACGUUCUUUAGAAAUAUUAAAUUUGGGGGGAAACAAAUUUGUGACACUACCAAGCACCAUCAAGCAACUUUCCAAUCUUCGAUGUUUGAACUUGACACAGUGCAAGGAGUUAAAAUAUUUGCCCGAGCUUCCAAAAAUACAAGAAAUUACAAUUGGCAGAUGCUAUAGCUUAUACACUUUUGACUGCUCCAAGUUGAGUGAUAUGGAACACUGUUAUAGCAUAGUUUUUUCUUGUUGGAUGACGAAAAAUCUUGAGGAUUACUUGGUCCCUCGGAUGGAAAUUGUUAUUCCUGGAAGUGAAAUUCCAAAAUGGUUCAGUAAACAAAACGCAAGUACAUCAAUAAGUAUGGACCCAUCUGCUGUUAUAGAUGACCCAAAUUGGAUAGGUGUUUCCAUUUGUGCUCUAUUUGUCACACACGAAGGUCCUAUGAAUUUGGAUGAAAGAGAUUAUCCUACAAACGAUUAUCUUUAUUACGGUGUCAAUAAUUUCAUCAACUUUGGGCUAAAAAUGUAUUCAAGAGUUUCUCUAAAAUUCAAGAAAGAUCUGGUGACACUUGGGUUAGAUUAUUUGUUGAUAGUGCUUUACUCUCGACAAGAUUUCAUUCAUCUUCUAAAUAGACAUUCAGAUACCAUGCAUGAUCUUCAAGCAGUUAAAUUUGAAACUUGGGUUGAGAGUCUUCCAGGAUUAGGUUUUAUGGUGAAGAAGUGCGGGUAUCGUUGGGUAUUUAAGGAGGAUCUUCAACAAUUCAACUCAGACAAGUUUUUCAGCAGAAAUUCUUCAUCACGGAAGAGGAAGCUUCUAACAAGUGAGUAACCACAGAGAUCCUUCAACCACCAUUCCAUCACAGAAAUCUUGAUCCUUUUUGAGGUAAAAUCUAACUCCUUACAUCAGUUUACUAAGUGACUAGUUAGUUGGUAUUUCGUUUACAAUUUUCAGAGGUGUGAAAAUUGAAAUGUUAACAAAAUCUAAAAUGGAAAUAUUAUAUAUCAGAAAUUAUGUAUAUUACCUUGAUAA